AUAAACUAUAGUAGCUAUUGCUGUCAUGUUUGUUUUCUUGAUUUGCAACAUGCUUAAACUGUUUUGUAUGACUCUUCAAGAGAAACAAGCAACUUAUACAAGAACUUGGCAAGCCUGCUCCCUGUUCAAAGGAUCUUCAUUUCGCUAGUCAAUUUUCGCAGUCUUUCUUGGUCCAAUGCUAGACAUGCUUAUGGAAACAACAUUGGUCAUAUUGGCUCAAUCCACCAUACACUGCUGUGAGGUUUUUCUUCACUACCUUCAUAGCCUUAAUGUCUGGAACAAUGUUCUGGGACCUUGGUGGCAAACACGCAAGUCGACAAGACCUGUUGAACGUUGUGGGUUCGGUGUAUACUGCUGUUCUCUUCCUUGGAGUACAAAAUUCUUCUUUUGUGCAGCCAGUUGUUGUAGUUGAAAGAACUGUGUUUUAUCGAGAAAAAGCUGCUAGAAUGUUUUCUGCCUUACCCUAUGCAUUUUCACAGAUUUUGGUAGAGCUACCUUAUGUCUUUGCUCAAGCCGUGACAUAUUGAAUUUGGAACCUCUUUUCAGGAUUUGUCAUCCCUAGACCUGUAAGUAUUAAUAUAGAUCGUUCAUCGAGAAAGACCGUUUCAAUUGAUGUCUAUACAUCAUCCAUGCAGUAGAUACUUAGGAAUAUGAUUUCA